ACAACUUCGCGUUUCUACGUAAACAAGUACACGUGUUUUAAAAUUUAAUGAGUAUAAUGGUAAUUUUGAAUGGUGUUCGUUUGAUAUACCAUGUCAGAUGGACAGUUCACGUUCAUCUCACGAGAUGACGUCAGUAGUGUUUAUAAGGCAGUUCAAGACUAUUUGAUUGAGAGAAGGUCAUGGAAACGAUUGCCCAGAGAUUCGGACAGAUUCAACCUGAUGCUGGGUGAACGAAACCGACUGCCAUAUAGCAAAUUAGGUCAGGUUAGAGGUCUUUCACAACUUGUGAACUACUACCGAGGUUCCUCAGUCAUCUGUCGAAAAGUCUUAAUGAUUAAAACUCUUAAGCAGUAUUGCACCACAUCAAAUGUACCACUAUUUGAAUGGCUGCCUGUCUCCUACAUCAUCUACCCCAAGUCCCGUGAAUGCCAGGUAUCAACAUCUAUACCAGUGACGAGACCACCACAACUAGAUGAGAGAAAUGAACUGCUGGGAAUAGACAAGAGUUUCAAGUCCUCAGGGAAAGAUGUCAUAUGGAUUUCUAAAAUAACAGCUGGGUCAAAAGGAGAGGGAAUCAACAUAUCACGUGAUGUGGAUGAGCUUCUAAAUGAGAUUGACAGUCAGAAAAGUGCGUAUGUGAUCCAGCAGUACAUUGAUCCUCCGCUAUUACUGGAAGGAGGUCGGAAGUUUGAUAUCAGAUGUUGGGUACUACUUGAUGCAGAAUAUUCUAUCUAUCUGUACCGAGAAGGUGUUCUUCGUACCGCGUCAGAAUUAUACUCCCUUGAUCACCUUGGUGAUGUCACAGCCCACCUGACCAAUCACAAUCUCCAAGAAGAGAGGUCGCCAAAUUUUGGAAAAUACGAAGACGGAAAUGAAAUGUUUUAUGAUCAAUUUGACAGGUACCUACAAGACAAAUAUAACAUCACCAUGGAGACAACACUUCUUCCACAAAUAAAACAAGUCAUCAAAUCAUGUCUUGGAAUAAUAAAAGAGCAAAUUAAUACCGAUGGUUUAGACUACAAGUGUUUUCAACUGUUUGGAUUUGAUUUUAUGGUUGACGAAAACUUCAAAGUCUGGUUAUUGGAGAUCAAUGGUGGACCAGCUUGUGCACAACGACUUCUCCCAGAUCUAGUGAGGUGCCUGGUGAAGACCGCAGUAGAUCCAAUAUUUCCAACUGAUCCUUCAGAACAAGACGAAGACAACUUGUUUGAAAAAAUAUGAAAUUGUUUUGAUAGUUUCAUACUUUUCUGAAAUGUUGACACCAAAUGUAAAUGCAGAAAGAUAAGCUUAGUGCAGGCCUGCCACCAGCAGUAGUUUGUAUGCACAUGAAAGGAAUAUUAAAUUUGGUGGAGGCGGGGGAAUUUACUGUGUAUUUGUGGGUAUAGUUGGUGGCAGGCCUUAGUUGCCCAAGUACAAUCCAUAAAAUAAUGAAUGCAGUGUUAACAUUGGUGCAGUAACACAAAUACAUUCAACUGUAAGGAAAAGCAAUCCUGGAAUAUUCAGAAUAAUGUCAUAUGUUGCCAUGUUCAGUAGAUCCAGUGUCCUGAGUUGGCAUGGUUAUUACUCCAACUACCAUGAGCUGUUGUCUAGACCAACCACCGUGAGCUGUUGUCUAGACCAACCAACGUGAACGUGUUCAUAUACCAGCCUUCAUGUGUUGUCAUGUUCACAAGACAAAAAUAUCUUGUAUUUCCUUAUUCACUAGAUCAUCACAUCAGGUAUUGCCAUGUUCACUAGAUGUAUAGCGAUGUUUACAUGACAAAAAUACCUUGUAUUUCCUUAUUCACUAGAUCAUCACAUCAGGUAUUGCCAUGUUCACUAGAUGUAUAGCGAUAUUUACAUGACAAAAAUGAUAUGUAUUGCACCAUGUUCAUUAGAUGAACAUAUAUUGCAAUGUUCACAAGAUGAAAACAUCAUGUACUCCAGGUUCAGUAGAUCUAUACACAUCAUGUAUUGCUAUGUUCACUAAACAAAAACUUUAUUUCUAGUUCAGUCAACCAGUAGAAAGGUGCUAGAAAGCUGUGCUAGUAAAAACGUGUUCUCGUCAUUUAGGAGAUAGGCGGCCGUUGCUACUUGUUCAUUACGUCAUUCCACAAUCAGUGGUAGUACUUGACGUCAUGUAAUAUGUAACGCUGCAUGCGUUCCUUUCAGUGACGUGAAGGAGUGAUGUCACAGUACAAACAAAAUGCAGUGAAUUUUAUAAUUAUACUAAAAUUAUAACAAUCAUUAACUGGAAAAUAUUUCUGGCACUCGUCCUUUUGUAGAUGUUUUUUUUGACACUAGAAAAAACCAAUCCUUGGAGCUCGCUAAAGCUUUCUCCAAGGAUUGAUUUUCUUGAGACUCGUGUCAGAAAAACCAUCUACUAAAGGACUUGUGCCAGAAACUAUUAGUAUUGCCAUGUUCAGUAGAUGGACAUGUAUUGCCGUCACGUGACGACACACAAUUGUUCUAGAUGUAGAUUAUUUUUCAAGAAUCAACACCUGUGAAAUAAUGCAAUUUCAACUUUUUAUGCAUUCAGGUCAGGGAUGCGAACCGAUUACUGACAGAACUUAUUUGUUGUAAACUUUAGCCCAGGAGACCAAACAUCUGCAUCAUCAAAUAAAUAUGUAAUUUAAUCCUAAUAAACCCGACACUAGUGACAGUAAUGUAUUCUGGCGGAACAUGGCCAAGAUGGUUGAAAACUAAAUUGGAAAUCAGGUUACACAUUUAGCACGUGCUUAAUGCCAUUCAUCCACUACUGAGGAUUUUCUAACCGAAUCGUUCAGGUUAGGUCUAAAAGGAUUCUUUGGUUUUGGGUUAUUACUUUUGAAAUAUUCUUUGCCAUUUAAACCUAUAUUUUCAUUAAAAAAGAUAAAAUUGUAGUUAAUUUUUGCAGUCAUGUAAUUUGUUUUAAUGAAUAACAGAUCAAGUUGGAGAAUGCACUUGGAGGUGUAGAUUCAUUAUUUUUCACAAAUCUACACCCCCUCGUACACUCUCCAUUACAGAAGUCUGUGUAGUGGUCUUACACUUUCCCAUAGUUGUUAAAACUAGCUCUGGGUGAGAGUCUGUUCCGGGCUGUGAACCCAGUACCUACCAGCCUUAUAUCCAAUGGCUUAACCACGACACCAUUGAGGCCGGUGAUACCGACAAAUACUCCACUGCUCUUUAAAUUAUAGUAUGAACAGAAACAAACAUGACUGUCAGCUUUGGAUGAUUUAAUGACUUUUUUCAUAGCAUACAAUUAUGCAGCAUAAAAAUAAAAUACAUUCUUUUGUACAACAGUUUUUUCUUAACAUAAAAUAAAAACAAACAACACACUCGAUUCAGUUUAAAUAUUAAUGACAUCACGUGAAUCACAUCAUUUUCUAUACCCACACAACUAACCUUGUACUAAAAUUAUUUAUGUUCCUGCAAUAGUCCUUCAGUGAUAUGACACAAGCAGUAGAAAUAUGUGAUCUGCAUCAAAAUGUUAUACAAUGUGCUGCCCAUUUUAUUUGGAAACUGUUACAAAAGUAAUAAAAGAAUUUCUAAAUUAAGUCAAGACAUGUUAUAUUGUUUCAGUGUAGUUAAUAUAUUGUGUGUAUGUCAGGUUUGACUAUUACAUACAUAGAUGUUAAUGCACUGGUGCAGGGGAUAAUUAAUUCUUUCUGGACUCACAAAUUGUCUCAUGCUGUUGGUAAAACUCGAACCAACGAAUCACCUGCACCUUGUCAUGAUACGCUCUGUUAUUCUUUAAAAAAAAAAACCUCUUUCAAUGAACCAUAUGCUUACAAGCUAUGCAAUUGAUCCCACUUGCGUGAUUAAACAGUGGGUAAACCUGGCACUGGCUGGUAUGUUUUGAUGUAUAAAUAU